AAUGUUAUGCUUCUAUCAUAAGAUUAUUAAAAGAAGAAAUUGAAAACAAUAAUGAUAAAGAUGUUAACGAAGCAAUAGGAAUUCUGACCAAUAUGCAAAAAGGAAUAUUUGUAGUUCAUUUAUUUAUUCUUCAAAAGGUGCUUACUAUGGUUAAUAUAUUAUCAAAUCAACUUCAGUCAAAGACAGCUACACUAGGAAAUGCGGCAAAUGUAAUAAAAAGUGUUAUUAAAUCGUUCGAAGAUUUAAGAAAUCCUGUUGCGUUUUCACAAAUGUGGAAAGAAAUAUUACAAUUUUGUGAAGACCAUAAUUUAACAAUUGAAAAACCAUUUCAAAGUUGUAAAAGAAAAAGGUUACAGCCAAAAAGCCUAUCAAGUUUUGUCAUGAGUACAACUACAAGUGCUCAAUACAACACUCCUGAGGAAUUAGAGGAAAGUAAAGAAGAUUAUUUCAGAUGUCAUGCUUAUUUUCCUAUAUUGGAUUGUAUAAUUGAGAAUAUGAAUAAACGAUUCACGCCCGAAAGUUUAGAAAUGGCAACAUCUAUAGAUAACUUUUUCAAACUAGAUUUUGCACUAAGUACUUACUUCAUUGAUCAUUAUAAAGAUUUGUUAAGUAUUUCUGACUUCUGUUGAUUCGUUGAAAGCUGAAAUGAUCGUCGCUAAAAACGUUAUAAUCCAAACAUAUGG